AUGCCGGCGACCUAUGAUGCCAUCCCUGGUAAUGAACCUCUUGUUGGUUCACCGUCACCACCAAGUCGUUGGCAACGCGUCAAGAACUCAUUGACUCGGCGUCGUAUGGGUGUGAUUCUAUGCCUUUUGAUAUUCGCGUCCUUGAUAACGGGUAUUGCCCUCGUAUUGCUGCUUCCAGAAACAAGCCCUCUUGAAGAUCAUGAUUAUCAACGUAUCCACCCUCCUAUCAAGCCUGGAAUAUCAACACGUGCUAUGGAAGAAGGACUCGCAAAGUGUCAAAGCAUUCAACGUCAAAAACCCAUCAAUCAAUACAAUCCUUCACGUACAACGAAUCCUCGUGCUCCCAGCAAUGUCCAAACAACCUUGUUGAAGAAUGCUAUCGUGUGGGAUGGUCAGGGCAACGUUUUGAAUGAUGUCGAUGUCUUGAUGCAGGAUGGCGUCAUUCGUCGUGUGGAAAAAGACAUUCGUAUCGAUGACGACAACGGCAACAAUACAAAGGUGAUUGAUGUCAAGGGACGUAUUGUUACUCCUGGUCUUGUGGAUAUGCAUAGUCAUCUAGGCGUUUUUGCAUGGCCCAGUCUCGCCGCAUUACGUGAUGGAAAUGAACAAUCGAAUCCAUUGACACCCUUUGUUCGUGCUCUUGACGCAUUUUAUCCUGAUGAUAAGGGCAUUCGCAUUGUCGCUUCGGGUGGUAUUACUACAUCCUUGGUGUUACCAGGAUCAGCUAAUCUUAUGGGUGGUGAAGCCUAUGCUUUCAAACUACGAGCAGUACCCACACGCAGCAAUGAAGACAUGUUGGUGCAAGCAGGAAUCGACCCAGAGACCGAUGCAGAGGAACGAUGGAUGAAAUGGGCAUGUGGAGAGAAUAUAAAAAAUGACUAUGGCAAGCUAUUAGGAGAAAUGCCAGUGACUCGUAUGGGUGAGGCCUAUCUCUUUCGAAAGGAAUUGGAACGAGCAAGGAAUCUUCUUAUCGAGCAAGACGAUUGGUGCAGUGCAGCAGAGAAUUUGGGUGAAGGCGAACGACUUGAAUCUCGAUUUCCAGAAACGCUUGAAUUGGAAAUCUUGGUGGCACUUUUACGUGGGGAUGUUCGUUUAAACAUUCAUUGCUAUGAGACACACGACAUUGAAGCUAUGGUGCGUCAUUCUCUGGAAUUCAACUUUAACAUCAGCGCUUUCCACCAUGCUUUGGAUGCCUAUCUUAUCCCCGACAUUAUACGCCGAGUACGUAACAAGGAUACCAUCACCAUAGCAACAUUUGCCGAUCAUUGGGGAUACAAAAAGGAAGCAUUCAAUGGGUCACCCUAUGGUCCCAAGAUUCUGCAUGAUGCCAAUAUUACCGUUGCCAUCAAAUCCGAUCACUCAGUCACCAACGCUCAACAUUUGAUGUUCCAAGCUGCAAAAACACAUCACUAUGGUGUCCCUGAACAAGUAGCUUUUCAAUCAGUGACUUCAAUACCUGCCAAAGCAUUAGGACUGGAUCACCGUGUUGGAUCUCUCAAGCCUGGAUAUGAUGCUGAUGUUGUUAUUUGGGAUCGAUCACCACUCGCCCUUGCUGCUACACCACUACAAGUGUUCAUUGAUGGUGUUUCGUUGUUUGACGAUCCUGUGAUUGAGAAUGAACAACACCAGCAAUCCACUAUCAACAAUGACGCAGCAGCAGCAGCAGAGGAUGUCAACAUAGCUAUCGAUGCUUUCAACUCUAUGCAUGGUGAAUCAUCUUUUGUUCUAUCCAAUGUGGGUCGUAUCAUGUUGGGCAAGGAUGUUAUUGAAGGACCAGCUCAGCUUACAGUUAUCAAUGGAACCAUUGCAUGCGCUGAUCAAGAUUGCAGAAUGACCAUGGAUGCGAAUAUGCCUACGAUCGACCUGAAAGGAGGCCAUGUGAUUCCUGGUCUUAUCGCCGUUGGAUCUAAACUAGGCAUGGUUGAGAUCCCAUCUGAACGAUCCACUGGUGAUGGUAUUGGUCAACCUUCAACAAGCGCUGAUCCACAUGCUAUUAUUCGAGCCAUUGAUGGAUUGAAACUUGGCACACGACAUCUUGAAGAAGCACACAAGGGAGGUGUUUUGACAGCCAUUACAGCACCCAUGUCCAAUAACAUUGUCGCUGGAUUGAGUACAGCUUUCAAAACGGGUGCCAAAUCAUCUUUGGAUGAGCAUGCGGUGAUUGCACCUACAGUGGCACUUCAUCUUCAAAUUGGACAUGCAUUCAAAUCCGCUAGUUUCCCCACCAUCUCGAGUCAAAUUGCUUUUAUACGUCGUCUGCUGACUGAAAAUAUGGAUGCAAACAAUGAUUAUGGACGUGCUGCACGUGGUGAAAUCGCAACGAUCAUUACGGUUGAAAACAAAGACGAGAUUGCAUCCAUCAUUCGACUCAAAGAACAACAUCUCAAAAAUGCACGCAUUGCGAUUAUGGGUGGUGCUGAAGCCCAUUUGUUGGCUUAUCCUCUUGCCAAGGCUGAUAUUGCAGUGAUCCUUCGACCAGCCCUGUGUACACCAAAACAAUUUGAUUCGCUCCAUUGCUUGACAGGUGCCCCAUUGACAGAGGGUACAGCAGCCCAUGUGCUUUUCCGCAAUAACGUCAAAGUGGCAGUAGGCGUACUUUAUGAUGGAUGGACUCGUAAUUUGGCAUGGGAUGCGGGAUGGCUUUCAGCUACAGCAACAGGCAGCAAUGAUAAACAACGUAUUACGGAUGCGGAUGCUAUGCGCUUUGUUACCACCAACAUUCAAGACAUCUUUUUCGGUCCACAACAACAACAACAAGUUUCCGAUUUUGUCAUUUGGUCUGGGAACCCCUUACAACUCCAUAGUCGACCUUUGGCUACCUUUGAUCCACAAAAUGGCAUUGUACAACUCACUUCAUCAUAA